CGGCAUCGAUCUUGGAUCACAAUGUAAACAUGCAGUCAUCUUUUACGCGCAUCGGCACAAACGCGAAUUCUUGCCUAAUUGGCUAUUAUUCUUUCACGAUUAUCUUUACGGAAAUAGACAGCAACUCGCUUGGGUUUGGAGUGCCGAUGAAGUACGACCGUGCUGCAGAAGAGGAGGUCAAGAAGAAAGCAGAACAGGAUCAUGAGCUUCAGGUCCAAAAGGCGCUCGCAAACUUGAUGCCGAAUGUGGACUGGAGACUGAUCCCGCCUCAGCGCGUUAUCAAUGCCGUGCUGGGAAUCAACCAGGUCAAAGGCGAAGGCGGCGCUGCUGGGAAGCCCAAACUGAUCAUCCCGGAUGGGAAAACCCCUGUUGUUGCGACAAUGACGACGACUGCAAGUGAGGGUAAUGAAAGCUUGAACGGAUCAAGUCCUGCGUCGAAGGAUGGCGCUGCGCCGGCGGCAACGAAGGCCAAGAAGAAGAAGAAGAAUAAGAAAAAGCGUCAGAUCAGCAGCGUGAAUGCCGAAGGAACAGCGGAUACGGAUGAGGACGAUCAUCAUCAUUCUACAGAGGUAGGACAGAGCUCUAAUGGAGAGUCGGGUUCAGAGAGCCAUCCGGAUACCACAGAUUCUGAAGGCGAGGGGUCAGGGACGGAUGGAGUAGCACACAAGGUCGCGAAGAGUAAUGGAAUAGGUUCAGAGGAUUCGGCGAUGGAUUUGGAGGAAGAGCGACGGGAGAGGAGGAAGGAGAAGAAGCGGGAAAAGAAGCGGAAAAGCAAGAUGAACAAGAAGAACAGGACGAGCACUCUUGCAGAGAACUCGGAGAGUAGUACCGAUUCUUCGUCAACGACUACGGAGGGCGAAGCCAUGGAGCUGUAGAGCAGCCCGAAAAGCUUAAUAAAAAGUUGCUGAAUAUGUAUUGUACAAAAAACAUUGCCCGGCAGCAACAUCUUUAUA